GUAGCAUUUUGACAGCGAGCUUGUAAACAACAAACAAUAACAAGCCACGGCUACUUUCAGCGGCGUUUCGAUUCGGCAUCAAAAAACGAAUCACGGAAUUGGUAAAACAAACGAAUGGUGAAAUGGCUACCAUAACGCUCCCCAGCGCGGACUGUACGAAGUUUUGCCGCUUCUGUCUGUCAGAGAUUAAUCUGCUAAACGUGAUCGGUCCCAGCGCGGCCGAACAAGAAUCUCACGCGGAGUUGUUCCGGCUAGUGAAAACCUAUCUGAAGCUGGAGCUGGUUCCCGCCAAGGACUUCCCGAGCGCGGUGUGCGAGAUGUGUAUCGCGCUGCUGCACGAUUUCGACACGCUGUACCAGAACGUGCACGACCACCGGUACGCGCUGCGGUUGCUUCUGGAGACGCAGAAAAGCGAGGACGUAGAGUCGUCGAUUCCGGUGAGCACGAUCGAACCGAACCUGGUGGAGGUGUACGAACCGCCGCCGGUGGUGCUGAUCGACACCGGGAACAACGUGGUGGAGGUGAACACGGACGAUCAGAUCGUGCUGGAGGAUGGCAGUGUGGAGGGCGAAUCUAACGAACAGGAGGAGGCACAGAUCGAUGUGUACCAUGUCGAUGGUCAGCUGCAGCACAUCGUCAUGGAGGGUGGCACGUACAUCGAUUUACAGCCUUACCGGCCACCGAAACCAGCACCUGUACCAAUCGUAACACCAGUACCACGAUCACUACGUACUAAUAAUGUACUGAACACUUCCAUCCCGAACCACGGUUCGCAGAUGCAGAGUAGAAAGCGAACCAACGCAGCGAAUGCAACUGCUGGGGCGGCUCAUUAUUCUAAAAAAUCCACGACAGUCUCCUAUCAACCGGUUCCGACGGGCACGCCAACCCGGAUGCUGAACGGAGAACCGGCCAGCCAGCGCCCAUCGUCGUCCCAGAUGCAACGACCGAAAGUGCAGCAGCUCGACACGGCCGCUGCUCCGACGAACCAUCAUCUGUACCGUUGUCCCGCCUGCGGCAAUCUGUUUGUCGAGCUAACCAACUUUUACAACCACAGCUGCACGAAGGCACCCGCGCAGGAUGGUGUCGCCGUUGCCAGCAGCAACAACCAAAGCCAACCGGCCCGGACGGGGGGCUCGGCCGUCACCAUCACGAGCGAGGGCCAGCGGUUUCAGUGCAACCUGUGCGACAUGUCCUACCGCACGAAGCUCCAGUACCAGAAGCACGAGUACGAGGUGCACAGAAUAAGCAAUGAAAACUUUGGCAUCAAGUGUACGAUUUGCCACAAGCUGUUCUCCCAGCGGCAGGACUAUCAGCUGCACAUGCGAGCAAUACACCCGAAGCCGGGCGUGAGCUUCGUGAAGAUUCUGUAAUCGAACGCUGUAGUAUUAAUUACCCCCCUAAGGGUAUGUGUGUGUGUGUGUGUAAAGUCAGCGGGGACAUGGCAACAGCGGUGUUCCGAUUUUCAUGAAUUGACGAAUAAACUUAACUUCUAAAACCGAAAAA